AAAUAUUUAUUUCGACGAAAGUCAAAUGAAAAAUGUGCCUUUUUCAGCAGUGCAUACGUUUAUAGUAGCACGCGCACCCAGCAUGGCACAUAAAAUUACGAGAAUAAGUGGAGUGACAGACCGGCAAGUGGAGUUGCGAUCAGUAAUUAAACACGCGAUCGCAGUUCGGCCGAAAUUAUCAGCCACCACAAAAGUAUGGAUUUAAAGAAUAAAAAUGUAAUUUAUGUGGGUGGAUUUGGUGGCAUCGGUUUCUGUUGUUGCAAAAGCCUCUUAGAACAAGGGGUGGCCAAUAUAGCGAUUAUGGAUGUGGUUGAGGAUGCUGAAAUGCUUGAGACAUUGCAAGCUAUCAAUAAAGCUGCUAAUGUAUUCUAUAUCAAAAUGGACUUAACAGAUGUGGAGAAUAUAGAGGGUGCCUUCACAGAAGCACAUGACACAAUGGGUCGCUUCGAUAUUGUGGUGAACGGUAGUGGCAUAAUGAAUGAACAUGAAAUCGAACGAACAAUACAAAUCAAUUUGUUAGGUGUCAUUUACAGCACUUUUGCGGCUUUGCGUCUAAUGGACAAAUCGAAAGGUGGGAAUGGCGGUCUAAUCGUAAACAUUUCCUCCGUCGUCAGUUUGGAUGCUUAUGGCGCAUAUGCUGUGUAUACCGCUUCUAAAUAUGGUGUUAAUGGAUUCACACGAGCACUUUCGGAUCCAUAUUAUUACAGUCAAACAAAAGUCGGUUUCAUCACGAUCUGCCCGAGCACAACGGAAACACAAAUGGUUUCAUCGCUCCGCAUGGAUGCAUUGACAACAUUCGAUCGUAUGCCACCACUGCCCAAGACGUUGUGUAACAAUCAAAGUCCGGAAAAUUGUGCCUAUAAUUUAGUAACAGCCAUUAAGACUGCCAAAAAUGGUUCAGUGUGGAUUUUGAGUGCCGGCAUUCUAAGGGAAUAUCACUAUCCCGAUAUCUAAAUGAAAAGGAAAAUUUUGAAAGCAAAACAGCCAUUGAAAGGGAAAUAACAUAAUAGAUUUGUAAAGAUUAAAAGGUGUCAAAUAUGUUAUUUAAUUUGUUUUCGACGGCUACUGACAUAGAAUUACUUCGAAAUAUAAUUUAAUAUCGCCUGCUAAAAAAUAAGUUUGAUAAAUGCCUUUUAAAAAUAUGUUUAUAUAAAAGUAUUCACUUUUAAUAAUAAUUUAAGCCCAAAGGAAUCUAUUUAAAUUAAUGCUUGCUCUUAAAAACUUUGUGUCAUUGCCGAUGAAAAGUUUAGUAUCCAAUUAAUUAUAUAUUUUUUAUCUAAUAGUUUACUGAAAACUUCACUGCUACUUAUGCGUGUAUAUGCUGUAACUGCCAGCAACGAUUUUUAAUUGCAGUCGAUCUCAUGGAAAACGGUUUUUGAAAUUUCAUUACACCUAUGUAUGUAAAUUAAUCAAACUCGAAUAGAAGCCAUGCAACUAGACAUUAAAAUUUAUUCUUACAUAACUCUAGUGAUAGUCAGUAAGAUAUAUAAGAUAAUGUGAACAACCGAAAAUAUAUGUAUUCCUAACCUAACAAUUAUGCUUAAUUAGAAAUCGAAAAUUCUAUUCAAUAUCGGAAAGCGCAUACAAUUUAAUAUACUGCUGUGUUUAGAUACUUAUUAAGUAUAUUUAAGUCUAGGACAAAAUAAAAUCUUUAAACAUAUAAA